UUUAACCGGCAUCUCCCUUGUUUCCCGGUCAUCCGUCCCCGUUCCCGCCCUUAUUCGUGAGAGUCCAUACUCCAUUGCUGAUCUCUCUUCCGCUCUCUGUUUCGAGAUGAUCUCCCGCUCGCAUCUCUCUCUCCAAUUGUGCGUUCGCAUCCAUGAUCCAUGUCUCAAAGAAAUCUUAGAGAAGCCGAAGGCGAGAAGCACUCCGGAGCUCUUUCGUUGAAUCUUCGGGAGUAGAAAGGAAAGUUAAAUUCUAUAAUCAUCAUUCUCUUCCACUGCCAAUACAAUUCCUCAAAUGAAUUUCCGCUAAAUUUUCUCUCAAAUUCGUUCUCCCCCUCUCGAAUUCAGUGCAUUAGAAUAUCUUCGUAAUUUGUUCUGGAAAAACCCUAGAAUCGCGAUUUCAAUGAGGCCGCGCCGUCGUGAUCGGUCAAGUGUUUCUUAGGUCGAGGCGUUUCUGAAUUUGAACUCGAAAUCUUAGCUUCAAUUCUUGUGCCGCCAUCCUUUGCAAGAAUUGACUUCGACGAGAAGACAUUGGGCGGCUGUUACUAAGCUUCUAGGAGCUCUUUAACCUCGGUUUCUUCUUGAAAGUUACUGAGAAAAGUUUAUAGCUAUUGCAAUGUUACAAUGGAUGGGGGGAUCAAGGCGGAAAGUGGCAACUGUAAGUGGAUUUAAAAUAAAUUUUGCCUUUUCUUCUACAUUGAUUUAUUUUAUUUUUUAAAUCAGUAUUGUAAUUUGAAGAAUCUAGUAACAGUAGAAUAAUAAAGCUCAUCAAAGUGGAGAUUUCUGACAUUUUGAGAAUGAUGAAAUUUAUUCAUCUAAGCUUGACAGAUAUUUGUUCUCUUAGUGCAACCUGUUCUUUUCCCAGCAUAUUGCUUUGGCCAUUUGUGAAAUCCUUAAGACUUACUACUAACAAUUAUUCAUAAUUUGAAAUAGAGAUGUAAGGAGAAAUGACAAGUCUGUGUUUAACCUUCCACCCCACCCAGCCAGGUGUGCAGAACCUGGUGUUGACCUGUGGUCCCUGUAAACAUACACAUUCAACCAUUAAACAACAUGCGCAUAUUGUAUAUUCUUCAUUCUGGGAUAUGCUGUUUGAAUUUAAUGUGUUCUUCAUUGGCAGAACAUGUUUACCUGAUAAUCUUUGACAUCUGUUUUGCUAUACUCUCUCUAUCUCUCUCUUCCCCUACACUUUAUAUUAUUGUAAAAAAAAAGUCGGGUUUAUGUUUUAUUUUUUCUCCAUAGGUAAAAUUGUUUUACAUCUGAGAAAGUUAUUGCAGAUUGCAUUGAGUAUCAUGAUGUUCAGCUUCUCUUUUGACCUAUCACACCUAUGUUUUUCAUUUUUGCAUGAUGUUUCUUGAUUGUGCUGAGAUGGAUAAAAUUUCAGUCAAGGAAGUCAACACAAGCAAGGUACAUAAACACAAUAAUUUAAACAUUUGCUAUUCUUCUUUGUUGGAAAUUGAUGUCAAUAGUUGUCAUAAAGUAGUAAUUUUUGUUACUGAAACCAUAUGCCAGAAUUUUUAUUAUAAUGUAGGAUGCAGUAAAUUGACACAUUAAUGAUGCUUAGGCAAAAAAAAUAUUUUGAGCAAAGAAAACGACAAGAAGAACACCAGCAGACAACAGGGGUAGAGAACUUUAGUGAUGGAAUGACCACAAGCAGUCAACAUCAAAAUAAUACCCGAUCCCUGGAUAUUCUUAGUUUGCUGAACUUGUCAACAGUAGUUCAAGAUUGCAAAUCACGGUGCCAUAGUGGUUAUCCUUUUCAUGAUUUACCUCUCCUUUUCAGCUCUUUUAGGGUCCAUGUUGCUUUUUUUUUUUUUUUUGAUCGAUGUAGAUAAUACUUUUCAUUUUUUAAUCCCUCCCUCUCCCUUUUUUGGGGGGGGUCAAUCUUGUUGGAUUUCUCAGGACGAUGAAAUUGAAGAAGGUGUUGUCUUCAUGAUCCCACAGUUAAUAAGCAAAUAACUUCAAAAACUAGUCCUGCUUUUUGUGUAUUGUAAUCCCGAGCUUUUACUUGGACUUCACCAUUCCAUAUACAUCUUUUUAACUGACAGUGCAUUUUCAUUGAAAUUUUCCCCCUUUUUUCAUUUUUCAGCUUAGUUUACUUUUUCAUUUUUAAUUCUUAUAAUUUUUGGCAUGAAAAUAUGCUAAAAUUACAGAGCUUUAAGCAUUAAUCUAUCAAGAAUGAAGUGACAAUGAUGUUUUUGCAAUUAUGAACCAUAGUCAAGGGCUUUCUGAUUUCCCAAGGAUUGAUGUAAAUAAAUUUUCUAUUUAAAUUUCAUUUUUGUGACAAUAUCAUAUUUGGAAUGAUAACAUGUUUAGGUUGUGGCAUUCAUUCAUUCUGUGUAAAAAUUUUCUUAACCUUUCCUGUGUUUUUCUAUUUGAACAACAAUAUAAGUGAGUGAAAAUUCAGGAGGUGCCAAAGUAGUGAAUUAUCAUAUUUCGAAGUCCCCACCCACAAUCCAAACCAAAAGAGGCACACCAGCAGGUCGUACUGAGUUCAAGGAAGCAAAAUGAUUUAUUCUGGAGCAGGAAAUCCAUCAGACUGCGAAUUGGAGACUGUAUACCCAAAUAAGUUUUUAUCAAGUGCAGCAGAUAAUGAAAAGGAAGAAUUAACUAGAAAUGGUGAGAAAACAGCUCAGUUGAAGAUGGAAACUGAGCACCAGCUAUCCGUCUUUGAUUUACUUGGUGAUGAUGGGCCAAAUGAUAGUUUAGAAGAAAGUAAUAUGCACGAAGCCCAUGUUGCAUUUACAGUUGAAGGUUUAGGUAAAGUGGAGUCAGAAACCCCUGUUCAUUCACCCGAACUGCCUGGCAGAUUCUCUUCAUAUGGUCCGUCCUUCUCUUUGAAGCCUGCAAGUGAACCUCAGCCUCCCAAGAACCUUAGCCAUCUGGAUGCCAUGAUUCAAGAUAUUGAUUUCUCUCUCUCUGGCAGUUUUCUUGACCAACCAUUCUGUUCAAAGGGCAAAGUAAAUUUAUUUAGGAAGCCAAGCAAGAAGAUAUCUGUAGCCAGAGAAUGCUUGCAAUCCAAAAGCAACGUUGGAAGAUUGAAGAGAUCUUUUGCUGAUGAUGAAAUCUUCAACAACAUUGAAGAUAAAAGUGACAACAUAUGGAAUGCAGCACUGCCGGAUUUCAUAGAUGGUAGCUUCCUUGAUGUGGAUUAUGACACAAUGUGUAAGAAUAGGUCACCUAAAAAAGAUUUGAGUUCUACUGAUAAUUGGAGUCUUGGAAACCAUGAGAUGUCCAGCUUUGCUUUUGAAGGCCCCAACUUACAGAAAUUUAGGGUUUCUGAGAAAGUGAAUGACUUUGACAUUGCAGACUCACUUGCUUCACAUUCCAAGCGACAAAGAUCAGACAAUGAUCAUGAUUUCAUGACACUGGAUGGAACAUGCAGCAGGUAUUCGACGGGAGGAAAAUACUUUGAUGCAAGUGGUGUAACCAACCAAUCGGAAGAUGGAGGAGACAGUUUGAGCUUGUUAAGCGAAGAAUCAUGCUCUUCCACGGCAGUAAGGAGCAAGUCAACUAAGAGUUCAGUAUCAAAAUCAAUGGCAAGACAAGGCGGACACCGAAGGGACAUCAGGAACCCAGUACAUAAAUGGAAUGUUGGCAGUAUGUUUACCAAAGACAACUUUCAUGGGAAACGCGAGAAUUUUCAUAAAGGGAAGAAGAGAAAUGAGGGAGGGAAAGUUACAAAGACAUGCAACCCAAGAAGUAAAAAUCUAGCCUAUUUCUCAAACAUUGAUUUCCAGAAAGGCUUGGGAUCAGACGACUGUAGUUUGCUUGAGGAAGGAUAUACAUCUGCCGGUAGGGAUUCAGGAUUCAGUUCAUUCUGCCCAACUUCUGGGUCACAAAAACAUGUAUCUUUUUAUCCUAAGCUUUGGAAGGAAGAUCCAUUUGGAGCAUAUCCUCUUCCUGAAUUACAUGCCAAAGUCAAAUCAUCUUUUGAGAGGUCCAGACAUAACUAUCUUCCUGAAAUUUUCCCUCGUAGAACUGCUUCAUCAGAAAAUCUUCCAUUCUGCGGACCAUAUAAUCAUGCAGACUCUUAUGGUACUCCUGUUUUUUCAACAAUUGGACCUGCCCCAAGCAAACCAAGUUUAUGCACAAACCCGAGAGAAGAAGUUAGACCUCUAGAUUCAUCCCCUGUUGCAGGUACUCAGGGAGAUGCAGGCUUCAUCCGUCUACCACUGGAAGAAAGUCUUAUAGAAGAGGAAACUAGGUCAGAGCUCCACCUAACAUAUUGCAUAAAACUUGAGCUAGAGAAAGGCAUCUGCAUUGGGAGCAAUGACUUGUCCUCUGACAGUGUACAGCCAUCCGAAGCUUCAGGUUCCUAGGAUAAUUGCAGUGGCUGCAAGGAAGCAAUAAGUGUAAGUCCAGAAAUGGAGAAACUAAAAGCAACAGAAACCUUUGCACAUGCGGGAGAGAAUGUCAUCUUGUUCACUUCUGGUUAUUGAGACAAGUUUAAGGGCAGUACAAAUUGAGAAGAUUAAGACAUCAUGAAAUUAACUUGUUCACUUCCAUGUCGUUAUAUAUGGUUUUCUACUGAAAAAAUUUGCCAUCACAAAUCUUCUGAUAACUUCAUAUUAAAUAGGUUUCUGUUAUUUACAGAAGUUAACAAUGACGCCCCAACUUCUCUUCCACUUCAAAAUGGCUGUACUAGUUAGCUUUCUUUUUCCUUGGCUUAUUCCCUUCUCUCUUGAACAGUCCUUGUUUUCAGCUCCUAAGUUCUUGCAUAGGUUCAGUGCAAGAUUCGGUGAGAAAGGUAUAGUCUAUUUUCAUUUUUAUAUAGAUAAAGUGGGUCUUU